AUGUGUUGGGGUUGGGCGCAUAAGGGCCGCAGGGGUAGGGGAAGUGAUGGGCAAAGAACAAAAGGCUUCAGAGUUCAAGCCGAUACGGCAAGAGGCUUUGGUCGCAGCUUAUCAUUCAUCGCUUUUACCCCAUAUGAAAAAAAGUACAUGGUCGUCAAAGUUUUGGCAAACAGAAGGAAGUCUCCUACCAAUCAGGGGAGAAAUGUCAAACUUGGGUCGAGUGCGGAAAUCUGCAAGGUAUAUAUAUUUGUGUAUACACCUGAAAGUGCUAACAUGAAACAUUGUGUUGAAGAAUUAAGGGCUUUUUUUUAA